AUGUACAUCCCGGACGCGCGUGAACUAUUCCACACGAUGGCGUCCUUGAUCCCAAUCGUCCAGGAGGUCCUGCCCAUGAUCAUGCCGGCAUCCAUAUCUGUGACCAGAUCCGCCGAUAUACUCCCCCCCUCGGAGCACCACACAUCAGGUGACCAACAAGCCGAUGACCGGACAGAUGUAUCCCCGAAAACGGUGAUACCAGCAGCAGCGCCGACUCCAGCACCAACUCCAGCGCCAGCGGCAGAAGGGCCGCGGGUUAUCAGCAGGGACGCCAUAGUUGGGCAGGCGGAGAGCAUGUGCGCGACAGUCCUCAUUGUGAAGCCCCGAUCAUCCUCUUUAAUACACCACAACGGAGAGCAAGAAACAAUCAUCUACGUGACAUCCGGCACGGGCGUCCUCCUCGCCCAGCCAAAAGACGAAGACGAGCAGCACCCCGAACGCCACGUGCUCGGAAAGGGGGACUUUGCGUAUAUUCCUGCGUGGCUCGAGCAUCAGGCUGUUAACGAGUCGGAGGUGGAGGAUUUGGUGAUGGUGGUGGUGCGGAGCGGGUCGGCGCCUGUGGAGGUUAACUUGAGGAGUUGGGGCGGAGCGGAGGUGAAGGAGGGGAGGUCAUGA